AUGUCUGAAGAACGCCGUCCCCGAUCGCGCUUCGAUAGCGACGAUACUGAGCGCCCUGUACGUUCGCGCUUCGAUACAGAUCGUCGCUCUCGGUCGCCGUCGCGAAGGGAGUCUGAGUCGCAUCGCGCUCGUAGCCCCAUCGCCCGUGAAGGCACAGACAGCCCUGCGUCAUCCAACUUCAAGAACGACGCUGCUGCGAGGGCGGCGGCUGCGGCUGCGAGGAUCAAUGCGCAGAUUCAGGCGAAGAAGGGCAUUCAGCAUGUCGACGUGCCACCUAUUCGCUCUGCCGCUACUCCUCCAGUUGCCAAGUCGCCUGCCUCAAACUCCGCCGCGGCCACAAACAACGAGACGUACCAGCAGGAUGGUGACUACAUCAAAGACAUUGAGAUCAAUGAUCUCCGUAAUCGCUACACACUGACUAAAGGAGCUACACAAAAGAGGAAUACCUGCUUAUACAUGCAAGAUGUCACUACUCGAGGAGAAUACUACCCCGACAAGAACAUGGCAACUGCUACUAACCCUCCGCUAUAUCUCCGUAUCACUAGCACCUCCAAGGAAGGCUUGGACAAGGCUGUAGAAAUGAUCGAGGAGAUGAUGAAGGAAGACCUUCCUAACCUGGUAGACGAACGUCGCUUCCGCCGUAGGGAGCCUGAGAACUUUGAGCGCGACGAAUUUGGUCGACGCAAGUGGCCCGAAGAGAAGAUCUCUGUCGGUCUUGAACCUAUUAGCGGCUUUAACUUGCGCGCACAGGUUGUCGGUCGCGGUGGCGAUAACGUCAAGUUCAUCCAACAAGAGACAAGCUGCAAGGUCCAAAUUAAAGGUCGCGGUUCUGGUUUCAUGGAGCCAAACAGCGGACAGGAGAGCGACGAGCCUAUGUACCUUCACAUCGCUGGACCCCGUCCUGAAGGUGUAGCCCAAGCCAAGCAGCUUUGCGAAGAGCUCCUCGAGAAGGUAAAAUCGGAUUACCACGCGUACAAAGAGCGUCCACCGCCGAAUCGUUACGGCGACCGAGAUGGCUAUGGUGGUGGGCGACCCGGAUACGGCGACCGUGGCGACCGUGGCGACCGCGGUGACCGUGAUCGCAGCCAGAGCUACGGAUACGGUGGAGGAGGCGGUGGAGGCGGUGGUUAUGGCGGUGGAGGCUACGGCGGCCAGGGCGGACAGGGCGGUCACAACGGUUAUGGCGCACAGGAGACCCUCAUGUCUCCUGCUGCUGCUGCGACGCCGACUGCUGAUGCCAACCAACAAGCCUUUGACGCGAAUGCCGCACAAGCAUGGAUUGCUUACUACCAGCAAAAUCCAGAGUCUGACCCUUAUGCUGCGUACGGUGGAUAUGCGGCGUAUCUCGCACUCCAGCAGCAGCAGUACGCUGCGUACUACGCUCAGACUGGUGCUCAGACCGGAUAUGGACAGAUACAGUCUCCUGCUCCUGGUGCUGGCGCGGCUGCACCACCUCCACCGCCGCCUUCAGAACCCUCUUCUGGCUAUGGUGCUCCUCCGCCACCACCUCCACCAGCUGCGUCGCCUUCCAACUAUGGAGCGGUUCCCCCACCCCCUGGCUUGUGUCUAGCCACCAGCCACGAUCCGCCUACCGCCCGCAAUGUCGACCUCGCCUCCCGCACCCCACCCUACGCUAAACUGCUCUCCCGUCUCGAAGAAGUACGGCGCGUACUAGGCUCUUCACGACAAUUGACUUUGGCCGAGAAGAUUCUCUACUCGCAUCUUGAGAGCCCAGAGGAGUCGCUUAUGAACAACACAAACGGUGGAAGAGAUAUUAGAGGCCAGGCGAACUUGAAGUUGAAGCCCGAUCGCGUGGCUAUGCAGGAUGCUAGUGCUCAGAUGGCUUUGUUGCAGUUCAUGAGCUGUGGGUUGCCGAGCACAGCGGUGCCUGCUAGCAUACACUGCGACCAUAUGAUUGUGGGAGAAAAAGGUGCCGAUACUGACCUUCCACAAUCCAUAGCGGGCAACAAGGAGGUCUUCGAUUUCCUCGAGUCGGCAGCGAAGAAAUACGGAAUUGAGUUCUGGCCGCCAGGCGCUGGUAUUAUUCAUCAGUCGGUUCUGGAGAACUACAGUGCUCCAGGCCUGAUGAUCUUGGGCACAGACAGUCACUCCCCGAAUGCUGGAGGUCUGGGAUCAAUCACAAUCGGUGUUGGUGGUGCGGAUGCGGUGGAUGCUCUCGUAGAUGCGCCAUGGGAGCUCAAGGCACCCAAAAUUCUAGGUGUGAAGCUUACCGGAGAACUCAGCGGCUGGGCUUCACCAAAGGACGUGAUUUUGAAAUUAGCUGGCCAGUUGACCGUCCGGGGUGGCACUGGUUUCAUUAUUGAAUACUUUGGUCCUGGUGUGCAGUCUUUGAGCUGCACAGGUAUGGCGACUAUCUGCAAUAUGGGUGCUGAAGUUGGCGCAACUACCUCCCUCUUCCCCUUCUCUCCCGCACACAUCCCCUAUCUCCAAGCCACACACCGAGGACCGAUCGCUGAAGCCGCUCAAAAGAUCGCCAGUGCACCAAUGCAGCAGAACCUACUCCGUCCCGACGCGGAAGCCGCUUACGACAAGGUCAUUGAGAUCAACCUCUCAGAACUUGAACCGCACAUCAACGGACCAUUUACCCCCGAUCUAUCAACACCUCUGUCCAAGUUCAAGUCUGUAGUUGAAGAGAAGGGAUGGCCACAAACCUUCGGCGCAGGUCUUAUUGGUAGCUGCACAAACAGCUCAUACCAGGACAUGACCCGAUCAGAAGAGAUUGUGAAGCAGGCAUUGGCAGCGGGUCUGAAACCCAAGGCGGACUUCUUCAUUACACCAGGCAGUGAACAGAUCCGAGCAACGUUGGAACGGGAUGAAACCCUUCAAACGUUUACUGAAGCAGGAGGUACUCCUCAACGUCCUUGCAUUGGACAAUGGAAGCGUACCGACGACGUAAAGAAGGGCGAAUCCAACGCUAUCCUAACAUCCUACAACCGUAACUUCCCUGGCCGCAACGAUGGCAACCGAGCUACGAUGAACUUCCUCGCUUCUCCUGAACUCAUCACCGCUAUGUCCUACUCUGGCUCCACGACCUUUAACCCAAUGACUGACAGCAUACCGACACCAGAUGGCAAGCCUUUCAAGUUUGCGCCACCAAAGGGCUCCGACCUCCCUUCUGCUGGUUUCGCAGACGGUAACCCAGACUUCAUGCCCACACCAGGUGUUCCAGACCCCAGCGUCGAUGUUAUCGUCUCGCCCACCUCCAGCCGUCUAGCGCUUCUUGACCCAUUCCCAGCAUUCCCCGACUCUGAUUUUACAAGCCUUCGAGUACUCUACAAGGUCAAGGGACAAUGUACAACAGACACCAUCUCGGCUGCUGGCCCGUGGCUCAAGUAUAAGGGUCACCUGCCCAACAUCUCGGAAAACACACUCAUCGGCGCAGUCAACGCACAAACUGAUGAGGUCAACGUCGCCUACGACUUCGACGGCAAGACAUCAGGUAUCCCAGAAUUAGCAAAGAGGUGGCGCGACCAGGGCAUUGAAUGGCUCGUUGUAGCAGAGCACAACUACGGCGAAGGCUCCGCCCGUGAACACGCCGCCCUGCAACCCCGAUACCUCGGUGGCCGUGUUAUCCUUGCGAAGUCCUUCGCCCGUAUCCACGAGACCAACCUCAAGAAGCAGGGUAUCGUCCCUCUGACUUUCGCCAACGAAGCUGACUACGAUGCCUUUGAAGCGUGCGACCAGGUUGCCACAAGAGGACUGCUCGACGUGCUGAGGAGUGGCGGUAAGGGCGAGGUCGAGCUCGUCCUCAAGAAGAAGGAUGGUAGCGAGAAGGUUGUCAAGACCAAACACACUCUGUCGCAAGAUCAGUGUGGCUUUGUGCUUGCUGGUAGCGCGCUAAACCUUCUUGCCAGGAAGGGCAGGGAGAUGAAGGAGGAGGUCACUCGGAGUGCGGAGCUGACUGAUUAA